AUGAUUACAUAUGAACAAGAACAUGCUUUUGUUUAUUGGGGAUUGCAACUAUUCAAUAGUGAUCCUUAUGCUAAUUGUGGAUAUGAUGGUGUGGUAACUCAAGAAGAUGAGGAGCAUUACCCUGUAAAUUACUUCGAGGAUCAUUACGGUGCCAGAGAAUGUUGUAAUGUUGAAAAUGAUGAGGCUAUUGCUCAUACUGUUCAAUUGCAAGAACUGUCACAACGUGCGAUUAUUGAAUCUUCGAACAAAGUGUCUGGUUAUCCACAAGAUUGUGUUGAUCAGUCCAUUGGAGACUUUAGUUCUGGACAGAAUUGUGGUCAGGAAGUGCAAGAUGAUACAGGUCCUUUGAGUUCGUGCUCUAGCCCCGAAGAAAAAUUGGUAUCGGAGGUGGAUCGGUUGUAUUCAUUGGAGCUAGCAGAUGAGUAUGCACUUGACCGUGAAGUGGGGAAAAGGCUGAAUCAGAUGGUUCCUGUUCCUGUAAGUGUGACUAUAAGCUUUGGAUCACUGAUUAUGACAAUUCAAAAAAGGCUAUAG